CUACGAGUGUUGUGUGUUAUGGUUUUUGGCCCAACCACCCGGGGAACUCGCAGAUGGGAGAGGAACAGCUAGUUGGAGUGCGAUUGCCACUGAUGCUGGAACUGGUCCCCGACUCAGUGGCUCCGUUUAGGAAACCUUUCCGAUUAUCCGCCUGAGAACCCAAAAACAUAAAUUAAAACAGGAAAUUCGGCAAAGCAAAGACCUGGGCCGAGAACGGUUUGUUUGUUCGCCACUUCUGCCCCACAAAAUGCAGACCGAAACAACACAGUGAAAGUCAGUGCCAGCAGAAAAUUGCCAGAGAGGAAAUUGCCAAAGACGAAUAGAAAAUAAAUUAAAAGUGAAACUAUUUGACGGAAGCAGGAGAUUGAAAGGUAACGGAAACUGAAACUGAAGCGGAAACGGAAAGCGGUCGCAGGCAGUUGGAAAAAUAGCAUUGCAUUCUUUUGGGCGCACAAAGAAAAUGAGCGCAAAGAUGACCCGCUACAAGCAAACCGAAUUCACGGAAGACGAUUCCAGCUCAAUUGGCGGAAUCCAACUCAACGAGGCGACCGGCCACACUGGCAUGCAGAUACGCUAUCACACCGCCCGGGCCACAUGGAACUGGCGUUCAAGGAACAAGACGGAGAAAUGGCUGCUCAUCACGACCUUCGCCAUGGCCAUAAUGAUCUUCACUUUGCUGAUUGUCCUUUUCGCGGAUGGGGGGACUGGAGAUCAGAAGAAGCACGUCCUGCAUGUGCAGCCCCACCAGAAGGAAUGUCCCUCUGGCAAUGAGCUGCCCUGCCUUAACGAGCAUUGCAUUUUCGCCUCCAGUGAGAUUCUCAAGUCCAUUGAUGUCACAGUCGAUCCCUGCGAUGACUUCUACGGCUAUGCCUGCAAUCAGUGGAUCAAAAACAACCCCAUCCCUGAGGGAAAGUCCACCUGGGGAACAUUCGGCAAGCUGGAGCAGAUGAACCAGCUCAUCAUUCGCAACGUUCUGGAGAAGCCAGCCGACAGUUUCAAGUCAGAUGCCGAACGAAAGGCCAAAGUCUACUAUGAAUCAUGCCUGGAUGCCGACGAGCAUAUGGAGAAACUGGGGGCCAAGCCCAUGAACGAUUUGUUGCUCAAGAUUGGGGGCUGGAAUGUCACCAAUAGCGGCUACAAUGUCACCAAUUGGUCAAUGGGUCAAACACUCAGGAUUCUGCACAACAGAUACAACUUCAACUGCCUGUUCAGCUGGGCCAUUGGCGAGGACGACAAGAACUCGUCCCGUCACGUCAUCCAGAUAGAUCAGGGCGGCCUGACUCUGCCCACCGCUGACUACUACAACAACAAGACCGAGAACCAUCGCAAAGUACUCAACGAGUACAUCGAAUACAUGACCAAAGUCUGCGUUUUGCUUGGCGCCAACGAGACCGAGGCCCGGGCCCAAAUGGUGGGCGUGAUCAACUUCGAAAAGAAGUUGGCCAACAUCACCAUACCGCAGGAGGAUCGCCGCAACGAGGAGGCCAUGUACCACUCGAUGACACUGCGGCAGCUGGCCAAGCUGGCUCCGUUCCUAAACUGGACGGCGCAUUUCGACGAUGCCAUGAAGAUGGUGGGCCAACGGGUCACUGACGAGGAGGUAGUCGUGGUCUAUGCUCCAGACUUCCUGAAGAAUCUCUCAGAUAUUAUAUUGAAAAUGGAACAAACCGAGGAUGGGAAGAUCACCCUCAACAACUAUCUCAUCUGGCAGGCGGUUCGGACCCUGACCAGUUGCCUAUCGAAGCCCUUCCGGGACGCCUACAAGGGAGUACGCAAGGCCCUCAUGGGCUCCGAUGGCGGGGAGGAGAUCUGGAGAUAUUGUGUAUCGGACACCAACAACGUGGUGGGAUUUGCAGUUGGUGCCAUUUUUGUGCGCCAGGCCUUUCAUGGGGAGUCCAAGCCGGCGGCCGAGCAAAUGAUCGGCGAAAUCCGGGAGGCAUUCAAGCUGAACCUCCAGAACCUCACCUGGGUGGACAAACAGACGCGGGAACGGGCCAUCGAGAAGGCCAACCAGAUCUCAGACAUGAUCGGCUUCCCGGACUACAUCCUCGAUCCCGCUGAGCUGGACAAGAAGUAUGCUGAACUGAAUAUCACGGCCAAUGCCUACUUCGAGAACAACAUCCAGGUGGCAAUCUACAAUCUGAAGAGCAAUCUGAAGCGUCUGGAUCAGCCGGUGAACAAGACAAACUGGGGCAUGACCCCGCAGACCGUCAAUGCCUACUACACGCCGACCAAGAAUCAAAUUGUAUUUCCCGCCGGCAUCCUCCAGACGCCCUUUUUCGAUAUAAACAACCCCAAGAGCCUCAACUUCGGGGCCAUGGGCGUGGUAAUGGGCCACGAACUGACCCACGCCUUCGACGACCAGGGCAGGGAGUACGACAAGUUCGGCAACAUCAACCGCUGGUGGGACGCCAAGAGCAUUGAGCGAUUCAACGAGAAGUCCGAGUGCAUAGCCCGUCAGUACAGUGGCUACAAGAUGAACAAGCGCAAUCUGAAUGGCAAGCAGACAUUGGGAGAAAACAUUGCCGACAAUGGCGGUCUCAAGGCGGCCUACCACGCCUACCAGCGAACCAAGAGCGAGAAGGAGGCGGAUAUUUUGAAGUUGCCAGGAUUAAAUCUAACGCACUCGCAGCUGUUCUUCGUGUCCUUUGCACAGGUCUGGUGUUCAAGCACCACAGAAGAAACGAACCUCCUGCAGAUGGAGAAGGAUCCCCACUCGCCCUCGCAGUUCCGGGUGAUCGGAACCCUCUCGAACAUGAAGGAGUUCGCCGAGGUCUUUCAGUGCCAGGCCGGGAAGCGGAUGAAUCCCACCGAUAAGUGCGAGGUGUGGUAAAGGGAGAUCCCAAGGUCACACGGUCGGAAGGUCACAUGAUCUCAAAAGGAUUCAAAGCCAAAAAGAAACAAAAAGAAGAUAAAACUAAAACCAAAGCCACAACCUGGACUGGAAAACUUUCUUUCUCUGUCCUAUACAUACCGGGAAUCCGGGAUUUUAGUGUAUUUUUAUUUGUAAGUUAUCCUUUAUGUCCUUUUUAUAUUGUUUUUUCCCCUUUGUUUGGGUAUUUUAUCGAGAUACCGACCGUCAGUCACUGUGCCUAUGAAAUUUAUAGAAACUGACGAUAAAUUCCAGGCUCAGGCCCAAAGAUCCUUGAGCUAAAUAGUCAUAUAUAGUCAGAGUGUGACCGAUAUAUAUAUACAAAUAUAUAAAUAUAUACAUAGAUAACGAUAACUGUAACUUAGCUAUUUGUAGAACUAUUAAUGUAUAUUGUAUUAUAAAUAUACAACCAAAAAAAAGGAUGAACAAACCAGAAACCAAAGAAAUCGAAUCCCCACUACUUCGACCCAAGGCCAAAUAAUGUGAUCAGCUGAUCCUGUGCUGUGUCUAUUUUUUUUUUAGUCCUAUAUUCCUACACAAUUACGAGAUGGAGUGGAAUUAUCCUGAAACAGAGUCAGAGUUCUCCAAGCACAAGAAAAUUAAAGUGCCUGACGCUGUUGCUUUUAAAAACGGUUUUCUUUGAGUGGGAAAUUGAAAACAUGGACUUGGGUCUGGGAAGUUUUGGACAUGGGGUAUAGCUAGGCAGUGUGAAAGAGAUAGAGUCAGCGACUUAGAGUGAGAGGGCGAACCAAAAAGAGACAGAGAGCGAGAGCGAAAGCGAAAGCGAGAAAGUGUAAUGAAUUGAAAAAGCAUGUAUUUUUUUAUGUUGAGUAAGUUUUUUUUAACUAUAUGUUGAGAGGAAUAUGUAUGUAUAUUUUUUAAGCCAUUUGUUGUUUUAAUGUUAGUUGAAUUUUUGAUUUAUUGUUAAAAAAAAAGGAACAGCUGGAAUGCAAAGCACACCAAUAAUCUAGUUACUUCUCUAAAUGUAUAGAGGUCCUAGCCAAAUAAUUUUAAAUGCGUUUUCUUUUGGAAAGAAAGAAAAACAUAUCAGAAAUCCAUCAGAGCCAACACCAAAUAGGUAUAUCAAUUAAAGCUAGACCCCGAAAACGUAUUAAACUAAAGUAUAUCCAGGCAUUUAGAUAUACCUGCGGAAUCCAAUCGCAAGUCGGAGCACAAAACAAAACAAAAACAAAUAAUAAUCAUAAUGUUGUCAUACUAAGCCAAAAUGGUUAUUGGGUUCCUCAACUCUCGACUCCAUAAAUAUAAAGUAAAAUAUAUAUGUAUACUUGAUACUUGUACGACUAAUGCAUUUAACUUUGGUUAUCCCUUCGUUUUGGUUCUCUCGAAUUCGAAUUCUCCGUUCCGACUAUAUCAAGCGAGUCUUUUGUAUUCUAUGUGUGUACUAUAUGUAUAUCUGUAAUAGCUGAAGAUAGCGCCGAAAACCAAACAAAACAAAACAUAUAUAUUACUAACAAUAUACAAAACUAACUUAUACAUUAACUGAAUGUUUAAAAACAAGUUAUUUUUAUUGUCUAUGGUUGGAGUGUAUGCUUGGAUGUGUACGUUUCUGACAAAUUGAAAAUAAAAUCAACAAUAACUGUGA